AUGAAGCAUCCGCUCGACUUUCAUGUCGUUGCGAAAUGUUCGACGACCAAAGCCAGGGUCGGGAGCCUCAAACUGCCGCAUGCCACGGUCUCAACGCCGGUGUUCAUGCCUGUGGGAACUCAGGGCACCCUCAAAGGUCUUCUGCCAGAGCAGAUCGAAGAACAAAAUUGUAACCUCAUCCUCGCGAAUACAUAUCAUCUGGGGAUGAGACCCGGAACCGAAGUUCUCAACAAGGCUCAAGGUCUGCACAACUUCAUGCGGUGGAAAAACGCGCUGCUGACCGACAGCGGAGGUUUCCAAAUGGUGAGCCUCUUGAAAUUCUCCGAGCUCACCGAGGAAGGGGUGAAGUUUGUGUCUCCGUAUGAUAAAAGGGAAAUUCUGCUGACGCCCGAAAAAUCGAUGGAGAUUCAGAAUGCGAUCGGAGCAGACAUAAUGAUGCAGCUCGACGAUGUUGUCAGCAGUUUGAUCGACGACAGAGCCAGGGUAGAGCUCGCUAUGGAGCGCAGCGUACGAUGGUUGGAUCGGAGUCUCGAAGCGCACCGAAACAAGGAUAAGCAGAAUCUGUACCCAAUCGUGCAAGGCGGGCUCCAUCCCGAUUUAAGGAAGGUUUGCGCCGAAAAGUUGUUGGAGCGAUACGUCGCUGGAUACGCGAUCGGGGGUCUCAGUGGAGGCGAAUCGAAAGAGGAUUUCUGGAGGAUGGUCGACCUCUCAACGGACUAUCUGCCUGAUGAGAAACCUCGCUAUCUCAUGGGAGUCGGGUUCGCGGUAGAUCUGGUCGUCUGCGCUGCGUUGGGAUGCGAUCAAUUCGAUUGUGUUUACCCCACGCGGACGGCUCGCUUCGGGAGUGCUCUCGUCGAAGGCGGUCAUGUCCUCCCUCUACACAGAAGCGUUUAUGCGGAAGAUUUUCGUCCGAUCGAAGAAAACUGCCCCUGCAACACCUGCACAAACUACACGAGGGCUUUUCUCCAUCAUACAGUGAGAAGAGAGACCGUGGCAUGUCACCUCGUGUCCGUUCACAACGUCAACUUCCAGAUGAGACUAAUGUCUUCCAUCCGCGAAGCCAUCAUAGAAGAUCGAUUUCCGCAGUUCAUUCGGAAGUUCAUGAAGAAAGCCUAUCCCAAUGGAAUCUAUCCCGCGUGGAUCGUGGCAGCGCUGGCGAAGGUUAAUGUGAAUUUGUCUGCGGGAAGCACAUAGACUCUCCCCCAUGGGUCGACACGGGCCGCGUGUCAGAACUUGUAUAAGCUUGAUUUCGAUGGAAACAUUUCAAAGAACGCUCCCGAUGGUAAUAUAUAGUCUACAAUAAACAAACACCCCUCACGA